AUGGUAACGGGCGUGCUGCCCCGUGGAGAAAUCGAGCCUUUUCUCGAACUCACGGACGACAUCGGGGCCAACGAGAACCCACUGGUGCACUACAUUGAUUUCAUCACGGGGCAUAGAGACCCAGUCCCCCCCGAGCUCGACGAGCAAUACAAGGCGGCCUGGAAGGACGACAGCUACCACAAUCUGCCGCCACCGUUCGGGUUCAAGACGGCGCCGCAACACCACAUGACGCUGCAGAUUUGUAUCCUUGACGCCCCCGACGGCACGAAGACCAUAAUCAAACACUGCGUCAUCCCCAACAAGGCGAAGACGGCCGUCUUCGCCAGCAUGGCUUUCGGGAGCGUCAAGAAGCUCUGCUUCCAGCAUCCCAAGGUGGGGGUCAAGGUCUGGCAAUACGCCUUCGAGCGGUUCGGAGGCAAACAGUGUCGGGCUUUCUUCUUAUCGCCAGACGUCAAGACGGCCACCAAGGUGAACGAGUUCUACGAGCUCUCGGACGAGGAUAUAAACGCUGGCUUCGAAUACAUCCUGAAGAACGCGCCUCGCUCCACGGCCGAGCUCAAGCAGCUGGUAUGGCAGACGAAGGCGCUACGCAAAGGCGCCCCCCUCUACGGCUGGCCCGCCCCCCUGGUGGCGAAGGCGUUGAGCGGGCUCGCGGCGGAGGGCGCGCUUGCAAAGAAGGAGUUCGAAAACAACGUGAUCCUCUGCGAGGACCACUUCAACCUUCGCGUUCUCGAAGCCAUGCAGGAGCUGAUCAACAGCAACGAUUCGCUUGUCCUCAUUGGGGAGCCCAACAUCGGCAAGACGCCGCUCGGGCGCGCAUUCCUGAUGGCAAUGUGCCGCAGGAACGCGCGGGUCCACGGAUUGGACCCCGCGGGGUGUUGCAUCCGCGUCACGCCUGAGAUCGAUUUCUUGCGAGGCGAGCCCGGCGACAUUCUCAUGGGGGACUUUGUGGACGAUGGCUGCUUGAAUCUCCUCCCGCCCAAGAUGUACGAGAGCAUGUGCUGGGCCAGGUGGGGCGCAACGAAAUGGAAGAAGGGGGAGCCUCGGUGCUUGGCGGACCAGACUUACGAUCCGAAUGCCGAGAAGCUGGACCGCUGGCCCUCCGUGAAGUUCCAGGAAUUCUUCGAGCUCGUGCGCCCUGCCUUCUCCGAGAAGGCGACCCGCGCAUGCAUGCUGGCUUUCUUCAAGCGUUCUGCGUUUCUGGUGAAUACCCAGGAAUACCUCUACUGGCGCCCAGCAGGCACUGAGGAGAAAGAUGUUCCGCGCAUUAACUUCAAGGGCGAGACCUUCCUGACGGCCGAGGGGAAGCGCCUGUACCUACUGCAGAAGGACGGCGACAUGACCCCGCCCGCCAAUAUCCAGCAGCUCUUGGAGAAGGAGCGGCUCCUCGUGGACUCCGCCGUGGAGAAGAACCGCAAGAAGUCCUCAGACGCGGCCCUCGGUUCUUUGCCAGCCCCGUCGUUC